AUGGCUGGCCCCUCAUCUCUUCUCCUCCUCUCCCCAGUCGGAAGCCCUACCGACUCCGACUCCGACGCCGACGAUGACGGUCUCGAGUUCACCGCCGUCGACUCCUUCCACGGAGUCCAGUCGCAGGACGGCUCGCGGUAUUCCGUCGACCUCUCCGCGCUCAUACACCACGGCACGACCCGCAUCUUCCGCGGAACCCUCUCUGCCGACGGCAUCCCCUACACCGAGGUCGUUUGCAAGGUCGGCACAGGCCCUCGGCUCGUUGAACGGAUACGCCACGAAGCCAGGCUGUACCGCACCAAGCUCGCACCUCUCCAGGGCCGCUUCGUCCCACGAUGCUUCGGGCUCUUUGAGGGUGUGGUGGAGGGCGUCGAGACGUCGUGUCUCGUGCUCAGCUACGAAGGCGAGCCGACACAGCACUCGCUUCACACCACAGGGAUCGACUUCAGGUACGUCCUCGGCACGUUCCUUCUCCACCGAGUCUCAUCAACCCCGUGGGGUGCAUCCGUCGGCAGGAGGAAGGCCGUGUCGGCACUGCAAGCGCUGCACAAGGUCGGCGUCGCGCACGGGGACUUCAACGAGCGCAGCAUCGUCCUGCGUCCGACCAGCUGCCCUGUCCUCGUCGGCUUCGGCGGCGCGGUCGAGCACUGCUGCAACCUCCGGCACCCAUCAAGUUCUACGAGCCCCAGCCGCAAUGCGACGACGUCGCGUGCGACGAGCUGUACUGGGCGUGUGUCAUGUCUGCCGUCUGGCUUCCCGGUGUGUGCUUUCAUUCUCUCCUCCGCGUACGAGACUUCAUGGCAGUCCUUGCCUCUCCUUCCUCCCGUAGCCACCGUGGAGUUCUUGAACUGCCAUGUUCCCAUCCGCUGUGCGCUGGAGGGCUGUGACUCCCUGAUGGCAUGCGCGCCGAAGGGCACGGAUCCGGACCUCGCUCGUAUGCACGCCGAGAUGACCCGCGAGGACCUCCUCGAGUGGAUCGAGGAGCGCGAGCUCUACGACGGCCAGCCAUUACCCAUCAAGCUCAAGGACUAA